UCAGCCAUUUUGCACUAUUGUUAUAAAAUUUAGCGCCAUCGAAAACUAGAUAUUUGGAAAAUUCAACUACUUUGGGAACUACAACUGUAAAACAAAUUUCAACUUACCUGACCUACAAAAGUAUUAGUCCGCCAAAGUUUUUUCCCACCGAGUGCAUUCCUAAGUUUGCCAUUGUUAUAUUUUUGCAUCAUUUGAAAUAUGUCAGGAAUAGCGGUUACAAGACUUGGCGAAGAAAGAAAAGCAUGGCGAAAAGAUCACCCAUUUGGCUUCGUCGCCAGGCCGAUGAAAAAUGCCGAUGGUACAUUAAAUCUCAUGACAUGGGAUUGCGCUAUUCCAGGCAAGAAAGCGACAUCUUGGGAAGGAGGUUUAUACAAGCUAAAAAUGAUUUUCAAGGAUGACUAUCCAACAACACCUCCAAAAUGUAAGUUUGAUCCACCAUUAUUUCAUCCAAAUGUAUACCCGUCAGGAACUGUGUGUUUGUCCUUGCUGGAUGAGGACAAAGAUUGGCGUCCCGCAAUUACUAUUAAACAAAUUUUAUUGGGGAUUCAGGAUUUGUUAAAUGAGCCUAAUGUAAAAGAUCCCGCUCAAGCAGAAGCAUAUACUAUAUACUGCCAAAAUCGAAUGGAAUAUGAUAAAAGGGUAAAAGCACAAGCAAGAGCAAUGGCCGCCAUAGAUUAAUUAAUUAUUCAGGAAAUACAGAAAC